AGCGUGUCCUGCGCGCGCGGAGGAGAUAAACCCGCAGAAGAAGACGCGCUGCAGCUGUUCAUUAUAAGCGUGUGCGAGAGCGUCCACAGUAGUGUCCACUUGUUUUUCUGACAUCUAUUGAGUUUCCAGCGUGGAGUUGGAGCGGCUGCAGCGAUGUCCAAGCAGAGCACGUUCACCGCGGCUCUGGCCACUAUGUUAGGAGCCACCCUCGGCGGCCUGUUCCUGUGGCGCAGCAUCCGCACGCAGAAGAGAAAGGCCCUCAAGGGCCCCGCUUCAGCCGAGCCCGUGCAAGCCCAGCUCGAAGCAGACGCCCCGUCCUGCAGCCCGCGAGACCCGAGCCCCGAACCCGGAGCUCUGCGAGCGUGUUCGCUGCUGGAGGUGCCGCCCGUGAUCGUCAGCUCCCCGGAGGAGUGGGACGCGCUCUGGCCGGGCUUCCAGAAGGAGCUCUCCGUCCAUCCGGUUCUGGGACUUGACUGUGAAUGGGUAAAAAGCAUGCGCGUGUCCGUCAAAGGCAAGGCCUCUGCGGUUUCCCUGCUCCAGCUGGCCACCUUCUCCGGCCGCUGUGUGCUGGUCAGGCUGCUGGCGUUUCGUGACGCGCAGCUUCCUCUCCCCGGGGGCCUCGUCGGGGUGCUCUCUGACCCCCGCGUGCUGAAGGUCGGGGUGGGAUGUUACGAGGAUGGCAAGCGGCUGACUCACGAUCACGGCCUGGCUCUGAGUUGCACCGUGGAUCUGCGCUACCUGGCCCUCAGACAGAGGCAAGCGGUGCUGAAUAACGGCUUGAGUUUGAAGUCUCUGGCCGCGGAUCUGCUGAACGUCACGCUGGACAAGUCUCUGGAGCUGCGCUGCAGCGACUGGGAGGCGGAUGUGUUGAGCCAAGAGCAGAUGGCCUACGCAGCACAUGAUGCCCAGAUCUCGGUUGCCCUGUUCUUUCACCUGCUGGGGAUGGACACCGAGCCCCAGCUCCCCGCCGAGGGUGAAAGCACGUUCGUCCGGCUGGCUUCAUGCUGCCAGGGGCUGGUGGACGUUCCCUUCAGGGGGCGCUAUAACGGAGAGGGGGAAGAGGGGGAGAGGAGGAGGCGGAGCCGAAGGUCCACAGUGGAGAGUCCCGAGUCUGGAGACCAGCAAGUUCCAGACCCGCGGAGGAACAAGCGCAAACCGCUGGGAGUCGGAUACUCGGCCAGGAAAUCACCCCUUUAUGACAAUUGUUUCCUUCAUGCUCCCGACGGCCAGCCGCUCUGCACGUGUGACAAGAAGAAAGCAAAAUGGUACCUGGAGAAGGGUAUAGGAGAAUUGGUCAGCGAGGAUCCCUUCGUGGUCCGGCUGCUGUUUGAGCCGUCAGGCCGCCCGGACUCCCAGAAAGACUACUACCUCACAGCCAAAGAGAACGUGUGUGUGGUGUGUGGGAAAGCCGACUCUUACAUCAGGAAGAACAUCGUCCCACACGAGUACAGACGCCACUUCCCAGCUGAGAUGAAGGACCACAACUCGCACGACAUCCUGCUGCUGUGCACUUCCUGUCACGCGGCCUCGAACGUGCACGACGGGGUCCUGAAGCAGCGGCUGGCCGAGGAGCACUCUGCCCCGCAGGGCUGUGAGGAGGGCAUCCGGCUGCUGGAGGACGCAGACCGCCGCCGAGUGCGAUCGGCCGCCAGGGCUCUCCUCAGCGCCAGCGACGGCAUGCCCCAGUCCAGGAAGGAGGAGCUCCUGUCGGUCAUCCAGAGCUUCUUCUGCAACGGACAGCAGGAGGUCACGCAGGAGAUGCUUCAGAGAGCUGCCACGCUGGAAACCAGGAUCUUUAAUGAGAGCUACGUGCCGCACGGACUGAAGGUAGUUCAGGUUUAUGCUGAGCGCGGCCUGCGGGGUCUCAUAGACUUGGAGCGCUGCUGGCGACAACACUUUCUGACCAGCAUGCAGCCCCACCAUUUGCCCCCUCUCUGGUCCGUCAACCACAACCAUGACAAAUAUCUGCGCAAGUACGGGGAGGACCUGCAAAUCCUGCUCAACUGAGCUCCUCGCCACAAACAGAAAGAGACUUUGUGCAACAACUGCUGGAAUAGGAAGGUUUCCACUGUGUGCGCUACACCUUGGCGUCCUCGUCCUAUGUUGUUUGAGUGCGUACCAGAGACUGACUUGCCUUGGCUACAGGUAAGCACCGGUGUUGACUUCCAAAUGAGAAAAAAAAAGAAAACAAGACUAGACUGUGGCCCCAGUUUGACUGGGCCCUAAGGGACCAGAUGGAGAUUGGGUAAGAGACUCUUUGGGAAUCGAAAGCCACUGUGGUGAACAGCAGAUCGCUAAACUCAAGAACAGAAUGGUGGUAGGUAAAAUAACAAGCAAGCAUAACGUGCACACAUUUUAAUGUUUAACAUAUUGAAAAGCAUUCUCAUUUUCCCUGUGAAAGUAGAAUCUACUGUAUUUUAACCAGCCCAAACCUGCUCUUAAUUCUUAAUCAUGAAUUGAAUAAAAGAUUCAUAGCUUACCAUUCUUGCAGGUUUGAGGCCGUAUUAAAUGUUUGUGUUAAAUGAGUUGUCUUUUGAGACUAUACAAAUGGCUAUUUUUACUUAUUAUGGAGCUCUGUCACUUCUAUUUAAUUUCAGGCUGGAUUUUUUUUGUGGGUUUUGAGGAACUCUAUUUAUCUUUGAGUCUGGACCAAAUUGAACACUGCUUAGCACAUGGCUGUACAAUGAAUGAUCCUUCUUAGAGUCAGGACACCUCCAAAACGCACCAGCAUAACAUCUGGCGCUGUGUGUUUAUAUGCACCCCUGACUCGCUGAAGACAGGCUAAAAUGAUAGUGGAUGAAAUUCAUUCUCGCCCCGAUUACGAUUUUGGAGUGCUAGUUUGUGUUGUAUUUGCAGUUUCAGCCUGAGAGAUUCAGCUCCAUGCGAUGAAAACGAAUAUAAAUGGCCAAAUCAAGGACACCGAAGUCUGAGCCUAACAUAAUUUACCUUAAGAAACACGACAGCUUUCCUUUUUAUUUACAUUUGUCCAGAUGUAACCUAUUAUAAGCUUUUGUGUUUCCGUAAUGUCAAUAAAAAAAUUACAUUUCAUAUGUUAA